AUGGACCGAAACGACAGGUUCUUUGAUAUGUGGAGAGACUAUCUCAACUUGGGGGCUGUGGCGCAGGACCUGCGGCAGAAUCACAGAGGUACCCUGGGUACCCCUGGUCCCGACGUGACCCCUGGUCCCCCCACGUCCAGCUCCGUCUCCCAGAGUGGCCGCAGUGACAAGGAAAGCAGGACGGAGCGCCCCAGCCCAGCUGUUAGCCCCACUGAGACCCGUUGUAGUUUCUGCAAGCAGAACGGCGAGACUGCCCAGGUCUACUCUUCUCACUGCCUCAGGACGGACGAUGGAAAGGUCUGCUGCCCUGUGUUGAGGAACUAUGUCUGCCCGCUCUGCAAGGCCACUGGAGACCGUGCGCACACCCGCCGCUACUGCCCUCUACAGCAGGGGCAUCACCAGGGGCAGACCCGCCCCAAAGGGACGCACUGCAGCCGGCCCAGACCGAAACACUGA